GCGAGCGCCACGCCGCCCAGAAGCAAGAAGAGCAGCCAUUUGUUUGGGACAGAAAGAAAAGGCUUGUGAGAGCUCAGAGCGCGCGGGCGGCCCGAGCCUUGGAGGCGGCGGCGGCGGCGGCGGCGACGGCGGUAGCGGCGGCGGCGCUGACACCUCCCACCAUGGACAGCUUCGACUUAGCCCUGCUCCAGGAAUGGGACCUCGAGUCGCUGUGGGGUGAAGACAUCUUAAGCCAGAGGAGCGAUUCCCUAGUUGUGGAAUUUCAGUCAUCAGCCAGCAGAUGCAGGAGCGUCUAUGAGCCAGACAGGAACGCCUUACGGAGGAAAGAACGAGAAAGAAGAAAUCAGGAGGCUCAGCAGGAUGGGGGCACGUUUAAUUCCAGUUACUCCCUCUUCAGUGAACCCUACAAGACUAACAAGGGGGAUGAGCUCUCCAACCGGAUCCAGAACACUUUAGGCAAUUAUGAUGAAAUGAAAGACUUUCUAACCGAUAGAUCCAAUCAGAGUCACCUCGUUGGCGUCCCCAAACCGGGGGUUCCUCAGACUCCUGUGAACAAGAUCGAUGAACAUUUUGUUGCAGAUUCAAGAGCCCAGACCCAGCCCUCAUCUGUCUGUAGCACAGCCUCUUCCACUCCAGCCGCGGGCCCUGUACAACAGAGUAAAAGGGGCACCAUGGGCUGGCAGAAGGCUGGGCACCCACCGUCCGAUGGCCAACCGCGGGCAGCACAACAGGGCUCUCUCAGGACCUUGCUUGGAGAUGGUGUUGGCAGGCAGCCGCGGGCCAAACAAGUGUGCAACGUAGAGGUGGGACUGCAGACCCAGGAGAGGCCACCCGCCAUGGCAGCCAAGCACAGCAGUGGUGGGCACUGUGUUCAGAACUUCCCUCCUGCCCUGGCUUCAAAGCCCAGCCUGGUCCAGCAAAAGCCGACCGCGUAUGUGAGACCGAUGGAUGGCCAGGAUCAGGCUCCCGACGAGUCUCCGAAGCUUAAGUCGUCUACAGAGGCUGGCGUGCACUGCGCAACGUUCCGAGGAGGCCCAGCCAGCAAGCCAGAGUCGGCCAGAGCCAAAGCCAAGCUCUCCAAGUUCAGCAUCCCCAAGCAAGGAGAGGAGAGUCGAUCUGGAGAAAGCAACAGCUGUGUCGAAGAAAUAAUCCGGGAGAUGACCUGGCUUCCACCACUGUCUGCUGUUCAAGCACCCGGCAAAGUGGAACCAAGCAAAUUUCCAUUUCCAAAUAAGGACUCUCAGCUUGUAUCCUCUGGACACAAUAAUCCAAAGAAAGGUGAUGCUGAGCCAGAGAGUCCAGACAAUGGCACUUCGAAUACAUCAAUGCUGGAAGAUGACCUUAAGCUAAGUAGCGAUGAAGAGGAGGGUGAACAGCAGGCAACCCAGAGAACAGCUCUCCGCGCUCUGCCUGACAGCGCUGGGGUCCAGCAGACCAACUGCAGAACCUCGGUGCCUUCCAGCAAGGGCAGCAGCAGCGGAAGCAGCAGCAGCAGCAGCAGCUCCUCCAGCGACUCCGAGAGCAGCUCGGGAUCCGACUCGGAGACCGAGAGCAGCUCCAGCGAGGGAGAGGGCGGCAAGCCCCCGCACUUCUCCAGCCCCGAGGCUGAACCGGCAUCCUCUAACAAGUGGCAGCUGGACAAAUGGCUCAACAAAGUUAAUCCCCACAAGCCUCCUAUUCUGAUCCAAAAUGAAAACCACGGGCCCGAGAGCAAUCAAUACUACACCCCUGUGAAAGAUGAAGUGCAGGACUGCGGGAAGCUUCCCGACGUCUGCCAAACCAGCCUGCGGGAGAAGGAACUCAAGAGUGCCUGCAAGGAGGAGCAGAGGCCGAGGACCGCCAACAAGGCCCCGGGCAGCAAAGGGGUGAAGCAGAAGUCCCCGCCCGCGGCCGUGGCCGUGGCCGUCAGCGCCGCCGCCCCGCCGCCCGCGGUGCCCGGCGCCCCUGCGGAGAGCGCCCCCGCGCCGGCCCGGAGGUCGGCGGGCAAGAAGCCCACCAGGCGCACCGAGAGGACCUCGGCCGGGGACGGCGCCAACUGCCACCGGCCCGAGGAGCCCGCGGCGGCGGACGCGCUGGGGGCCAGCGUGGUGGUGCCCCCGGAGCCCGCCAAAAGCAGGCCCUGCGGCAACAGCAGAACGAGCCACCGCAAGGAGCUGCGCUCCUCGGUGACCUGCGAGAAGCGGCGCACGCGGGGUCUGAGCCGGAUCGUCCCCAAAUCCAAGGAAUUUAUCGAGACAGAGUCGUCAUCUUCAUCAUCCUCCUCGGACUCGGACCUGGAGUCGGAGCAGGAGGAGUACCCUCUGUCCAAAGGCCAGGCAGUGGCCGCCGCCUCCUCUGGGAGUGACCAGAGACUCAAGGAGGCCGCCAACAGCGUCAGCAGCGGCAGCGGCCCCCGUGCGGCCGUAGGCUCCAUCAACGCCAGGACCACCAGUGACAUCGCCAAGGAGCUGGAGGAGCAGUUCUACACCCUGGUCCCCUUCGGCAGGAACGAACUUCUCUCUCCCUUGAAGGACAGUGAUGAGGUCAGGUCACUCUGGGUCAAAAUUGACCUGACCCUCCUGUCCAGGAUCCCAGAACACCUGCCCCAGGAGCCUGGAGUCUUGAGUGCUCCUGCGGCCAAGGACGCAGAAAGCGCUCCGCCCAGCCACGCUCUGGACACGCCCACCGAGAAGACUUUGCCAAAAUCCAAGAGGAAACGCAAGUGCGACAACGAAGAUGACUACAGGGAGAUGAAGAAGGCCCAGGGGGAGAAAGAGAGCUCUACUCGACUAGCCAACUCCGCCAAUAGUACUCUGUCUUCAAACCACUGCAGCAUGAACAUCAACAGCUUGGCAAUACCAAUAAAUAAAAAUGAAAAAAUGCUCCGAUCGCCCAUCUCACCGCUCUCUGAUGCAUCUAAACACAAAUAUUCCAGCGAGGACUUGACUUCUUCCAGCCGAUCUCAUGGCAAUGGUGUGUUUACUUCCUCCUCAUCCAACAAAAAGUCUAAGGCCACCGACAGCCAACUGCAGUCCCAUGCCGGGGACCUCACGAAAGCGACUCACAACAGUGCUGAGCACGGUCUCCUCCACAGCAAGACCCGGCCACAAACAGAGCCCUGGUCUCCAGGCUCCAGUGGCCACAGGGACUGCAAGCGGCAGAAACUGGUCUUCGAUGAUAUGCCUCGCAGCGCAGAUUAUUUUAUGCAAGAAGCUAAACGGAUGAAACAUAAAGCAGAUGCAAUGGUGGAGAAGUUUGGAAAGGCCCUGAACUAUGCUGAAGCAGCCCUGUCGUUUAUCGAGUGUGGAAACGCCAUGGAACAAGGCCCGAUGGAAUCCAAGUCUCCUUACACCAUGUACUCAGAGACGGUGGAGCUCAUCAGAUAUGCUAUGAGACUAAAAACCCACUCGGGCCCCAAUGCCACACCAGAGGACAAACAACUAGCUGCAUUAUGCUAUCGAUGCCUGGCUCUCCUGUACUGGCGGAUGUUUCGGCUUAAAAGGGACCACGCUGUCAAGUAUUCAAAAGCACUCAUCGACUAUUUCAAGAAUUCAUCCAAAGCUGCCCAAGCCCCAUCUCCGUGGGGGGCCAGUGGAAAGAGCACUGGAACCCCAUCCCCCAUGUCUCCCAACCCCUCUCCCACCAGCUCCGUGGGGUCUCAGGGCAGCCUCUCCAGUACCAACGCCCUGUCCCCAUCAACCAUCGUCAGCAUCCCGCAGCGCAUCCAUCAGAUGGCGGCCAAUCAUGUCAGCAUCACCAACAGCAUCCUGCACAGCUACGACUACUGGGAGAUGGCGGACAACCUGGCCAAAGAAAACAGAGAAUUCUUUAAUGACCUGGAUCUGCUCAUGGGGCCUGUCACCCUGCACAGCAGCAUGGAGCACCUGGUCCAGUACUCGCAGCAGGGCCUGCACUGGCUACGGAACAGCGCCCACCUGCCGUAGGGACCUCACCCUGGAGCCCGGCUGUGCUCUCAUCUCCAAGAUGGCUCCAUGUUUCUGGACACUGUGCUGCUGAAAUUCCCAGCCACAGCAUUUAUCAAGCUGCAUUGAACACUUCCUUUGCAUCAAGCAAUGAUCUUUUCCCAGGGCAUGUGUGUAUUUACGUGUGGGUGUAUAAGAAGCUGCCUGUGUACGUAAGAUACACAGUGCUUCAGAACACAUAUUCUUUGUCUGGUUUCCAUAAUCCCAGGCUAGACAAUGUGAUCAGGAGUUCCUGGUUAGAGGAACUACACAUACACAAACACACACACACACACACACACAAUCACACACACUUCCUUUUCCAAUUGCUAAAUCAUGACUUCUCCAAAACUUCAACCAAAAUCUGAUGGGUUAGUUCACCAGGUGCAAUACAGCACACCAAAAGCUUAACCGCCAGUGAAGAUGAACCUGACUCUUAUAUUAUUGAUUACUUUUCAGUAUUAAUAUGCUGUUUCCCAAUUAUUUUUGAUGGGUGUGUAUUAAUGGGUAAUUGAAUAAUGAAAACAAGUCAGUUAUUUUUGUGCCAGAAGUUUACUAGAUUGCAUGUUACCAAAUCCCCUGCCCUUCCUCUAAUACCCCCUUCAACAUUAUUAUCAACCAAACACAUCGUAAGCAAAGAGAUGGAUUCACACAGCCUUCCCUGACGCCCCAUGUCAUGACAGCGGCACUGGGAUUCAGUGACAACUCAGUGUCUUUAAAAAUCCACACACACGGGAGCAACAGCCACUGUGCUUUGGAGCUGGGCUGGGAAUUUAAAUGUGCACUGUGACAACAAGCCCUCCAGGCACGUGCAUUUCUUCCUCCUGCCACUGUGACUUGGUGGCUGUAGAGCCAUGUGGCUUUUGUCAGCCAGUACAUUUCAAGUCUUUUCUUUCCACGGUAGCUUUCUUGCAAAAUUUCGUGGCCAAAUGGGGACAUUGCCUAGAACGUCCCUUCUCUAAGAGUCCAUCUGCUGCCUAUCAGACUGAGAGCUCUCAGCUGUCCUAAGGCGGUCUGAUUCUCUCUGUGCAGAAUGGGCCACCGCUGGCCUUGGCUGCGUUUUGAUUUGGGGGAUAUUUUUAAUCAGGCUUUGAUUAGCAAGCUGCUUCCGGUGCGAGGGAACUUAUUCCUGCACCGAUUGCCAUUCUGUCUGAGGUAGCACUGCCCAAAGCGUCUUGCUUACGUCUUGUGCAUCUAGUAUGUUUACGUCUUGCCUAUGGCUCUUCUUUUCUUUCUUUUUUUUUCUUUAAUUAAGUUUACAUUUUAGUUUUUUGACAUCUUGUUUACAGUUUUUUUUUUUUUUGUCUGAAUUUUAUUUGUUUGGUAGUAUUUUUGUCAUGUCCUAGAUUUAGUCUUCUUGUUAAAUAUAUUUGGAUAUGAAAUACUGGUAAACAGAAAAUGACUCCUCAAAGUUAGGGUCUGUCUUGCCACCCUUUAACCACAAAGAGGAUGUCCUUGAGGCCCCUUACUUGACAGAAUUGCACCAGGACAGUCUGAGAAAGACAGGUGUUGCAAUCUAUGAAACAGUCCCUUGUUCAAGGUGAUGGUGGCACCCACAUGCUAAGACUGAUAUUUUUGCAGGUUUGGUUGCAGUGAUAACAUUUUGUUAGCUUGGUCUUAUGGUGGGUGGGAAAUAAGAUAUCUACAAUUUCUAUGUUCUAAGCCAUUGAUGCAAAACUGGACAAGAGGUUGACCAACUUUGGUGAUUUGAAUUAAUUGACAGUGAGCAAGUGAAGCGCCUGUGAAGUUUGCAUUUGACUUUGACCUUCAAGCACCUGAAAAAUACUAACAGUUCAGGUUGAGCAUUCCUCCUCCAAAAUGCAUGGGACCAGAGUGUUUUAGAUUUCAGGUUUUUGAAUAUUCACAUACACACAAUGAGAUAUCUUAGGGAGGGGACCCAAAUCUAAACUGAGAUUCAUUUAUGUUUCAUGUACUCCUCAGACAUACAGCCCAAAGGGGAUUUUAUACACAUUACCCGAAGGAUAUAUUUUUAGUACACUUGUGUUUUGACUGAGACCUGUCACAGGAGGUCAGUGUGGAAUUUUCCAUUUAUGACAUCAUAGGGACAUUCAAAAUAUUUUAGACUUUGGAGCAUUUUGAAUUUUGGAUUUUUAUAUGAGGGAUUCUCAGCCUGAAUUUUCAUCUUACAUUUAAUUUACCCAAGUGAAGUUCUUCUUAAAUCCCUUUCACUAAUUGUUGGCAGAGUUCAUGAUCCCAUCUUUGGCUGGAUUUUUUAUUUUGGUACCAGGGAUUGAACCUAAGGGUGCUAUACCACUGAACCACAUCCCCAGCCUGUUUUUUU